AUUUUCCCGCCAGUGUUAUUGUAAUAGCCAGUGUAAUGAGCAAGUUGUGUAAUUUUGUUAAUUAAAGGUGAAAUAGUUGGCCAAUCGAGAACGGGAAAAUGAAUACAACAUAGGAAAGCCGCCGCAGCCAAUAAAGAUAUUUUGGAUAGAGAAGCUUAAAUAACAAUUAAGUUGACCAAUUUCCGUUGAAUCGCCGCCGUUAGAGUGAUGCAGAAGUGUAGCGAAUUGACAAGCAAUUUGGAAGUAUGGCAAUCCUUGAGUCGCUACGGUCUACCUGCAUUAAAAGUUAAGAAAGGUCCAGAAGGCCAUCAAUUGGUGGAAACUUGCCAUGAUCAGCUGAAGAAGGUGUUACCCGCCGAUACAUAUGAAAAACUAAUGGCCUGGGUAACUCGCUGGCUAAAGAGCCUGGAUGAAAAGGAUGCCAAGACCCGUACCAAAGCAAACGAAAUUAAAACGCUACCAGAACUGCCAUUAACUGCAUUGUCGAGGCCAAAGAGCGGCAAGGACACUGCGAAAAAAGACAGCUCCGUCGUUGAUCUGUGCAUCGAGGAUGACACACAAGAAAUACAAACUCGAAAUUCGGCUGAUGUCAUAAUUUUAGGAGACAAUUCUUAUGAAAAUUCAGAAAAUGGGUCCAAAAAUAAAGCUGUUUUCACAAAGGAAAAAGAUCAUGUUGGUGCUGAUGACCAAACUUCUAAAUUGACCACUGACGGAAGUCCGGAAUAUUCAGUACGAGCGACAUCAAAAACUUAUUUAACCCCAAAAAAACCUAAAGUACAAAAAGCUCUCAUACGUGUUCGGACUGAUCUGAAAGCCAUUGUAAAUUCAUCAAUAGAAGAAAGCCAGAAAAUACUACGUCCACUGGCGCCCAAACGAAAACUGUGCCCUGAGCAGCCUAAGAAACCAUGUGAUUCGACAACCGAAGAAAGUUGCCCCAAAAAACACAAAUUGAGCAAAGACUUAGCCACACUGCUUCAAGAGAGCAUUGACGAAGCAUCUCCAGAUACCACAUCAUCAACAAUAGCGAAUCCUUCUGAUCCGAAUCCGAAUCCUGUGCUAGGCUUGAACCAUAUUUUGGGUCUAUUAGACUGCGUGGAAAGUUAUGCCACAUGGCAGCAUAACCUGGAUGCCAUCGCGCUACUGGUGCAACUUCGCGAUUGCUUACAGGAUAGCAAUUAAUUGUACAAAACACAAUGUGGCGAACAUGGCAUAAGACAUUGAAAUUAUUUAUUUGUUAAAUCAAUUUCCUGCCUACCCCGGUUGUUUUCUGCUUACUAGUUCACGACAAUAAUAUUGAUUUUCAAUUUCUACUUAUUCCUCAACAAAUUAUUUUUAUAUUUAUUUCAAUAGUUCUUAUUUUAUAUUUUUUAUACAUAUUUUAUACUAAAAUAUAUUUCUACAUCAUAUUACGUAAGUUGUAUUAAAGAAUAGUAAAUAAUA